CGGGGGAUGUUUUCCACUUGCUGGAGUUCAAAUUCCAUCCCGCUGUUUCCUCCUCUUUCCUGGAGUCAAACUUUUCUGAGGACGCCACCGGCCCUGCUCCUGUGCAGGAGGAAAAACGGGAGGGAGCCCUUGAAGGGCACAGUCACCUAAGGGCACGUCAGGUGGAACAGCUGCCCCGCCCCAGCUCGGAUGUCUGAGCGCCACUCGCCACUCGGAGAGAGAGCCCUGCCGGAGAAGGCCAAAGCCACUGGUGCCUGCGCCUGCCCCCGCUGCCUGGCCACACGAGAUGCCCUCUCUGCUUGCAGAGGCAAACAUUUCUCAGUGAUCUCCUGUCCCCCAGGGAGCACCAGGCCGGCCGCUCCAGGUGAUACGAUGGCCAGACCGUGCCCUGCCCUCUGGUGCCUGCCUGCCUGCACUCCUCGCUAGCCUCACCAGGCACCAUCGAGCAGUAACCUGUGCCCACCCCUGCGGUUGGUCCCCCCCGCUGACCCCUCAGCAUGGCAGCCCUGAUCGCCGAGAACUUCCGCUUUCUAUCGCUCUUCUUCAAGAGCAAGGACGUGAUGAUUUUCAAUGGGCUGGUGGCACUGGGCACAGUGGGCAGCCAGGAGCUGUUCUCUGUGGUGGCUUUCCACUGCCCCUGCUCGCCAGCCAGGAACUACCUGUACGGGUUGACGGCCAUUGGUGUGCCUGCCCUCGCGCUCUUCCUCAUUGGCGUCAUCCUCAACAACCACACGUGGAACUUAGUUACCGAGUGCCAGUACCGGAGAACCAAGAACUGCUCGGCUGCCGCCAACUUCCUCCUUCUAAGUUCCAUCCUGGGCCGCGCGGCUGUGGCCCCGGUCACCUGGUCUGUCAUCUCCCUGCUGCGAGGCGAGGCCUACGUUUGUGCUCUCAGUGAGUUUGUGGACCCCUCCUCACUCACGGGUGGAGAAGGCUUCCCACCAGCCCACGCCACAGAAAUCCUGGCCAGGUUCCCUUGCGGGGAGGGCCCCGCCAACCUGUCAGUCUUUCGGGAAGAGGUCAGUCGCAGGCUCAAGUAUGAGUCCCAGCUCUUUGGGUGGCUGCUCAUCGGCGUGGUGGCCAUCCUGGUGUUCCUGACCAAGUGCCUCAAGCACUACUGCUCACCGCUCAGCUACCGCCAGGAGGCCUACUGGGAGCAGUACCGCAACAACGAGGACCAGCUCUUCCAGCGCACGGCUGAGGUGCACGCCAGGGUGCUGGCUGCCAACAACGUGCGCCGCUUCUUCGGCUUCGUGGCGCUCAGCAAGGAAGACGAGGAGCUGACGGCCAAGUUCCCGGUGGAAGGCACACAGCCGAGGCCGCAGUGGAACGCCAUCACCGGCGUCUAUCUGUACCGCGAGAACCAGGGCCUCCCGCUCUACAGCCGCCUGCACAAGUGGGCCCAGGGUCUGCCAGGCAACGGCACAGCCCCAGACAACAUGGAGAUGGCCCUGCUCGUCUCCUAAGGGCCCUGUUCCCAGCCUCUGCAAGUGACUGUCCUCAGUCCAACACUGCACCCCGCCUGCUCACAGCAGCAACAGAACAUUUUCUUUUUAACUACAACUUUUUGGGAAAAUAGGCCAAGAGAAAGAAACAAAGUGAUCUGGUGACAGGACAGCGCUAGUACACAGUGUGGUCAGUGCUGACAGGAAGGCCCUCAGACCCGAAGGAAUCCCCUCUCCUACUGACACCAGCCACUGGGCCAACAGCUUUGCAGGAAAGACCCUUUCUCUGGACUGUGGCAUGGAUGCCCUUUUCCUGGUGGGGCUCCAAGCCUGGGAAGCCCUGGCCAGCAGAGCUAGGUGACAAUGAAAGUCACCAGGAGGCUCACUGUGUAGGAUGUCAUGCAACUGACUUGUGUCUAACCCCACAGGACACCCAGCUCAGUGGUGCUCAGCUGGAAAGCUGCCCUGAAUUCAAUACACGCUACUGGCUUUAUUUUAUAUGUUUACAUUUUUGAUAAAGGUCUUCUGAGUAGAAAGAACUAGCUCGGUGUGUGCAUAAUGGGAUGGGCCAUGCCACAGCAGACAGGUGGUCGUGGGGACAGGUCUAAAUCCCAUCUCCUGCCCUGGCCAGUGUGGCUUGGUGGGCUGGAGCGUUGACCCAUAACCGAAAGGUUGCGAGUUCAGUUCCUAGUCAGGGCACGGGUGUGUACGAUCCCUGGUCUGAGCGCAUAUGGGAGGCAACUAAUUGAUGCUUCUCUCUCUCAUCAAUGUUUCUCCCUUCCCCCCUCUCUAAAAACAAUGAAAAAAAUAUUCUCUGGUGAGAAUUUUUUAAAAACCCCAUCUCCUGUUGGAGGGAAGGGGACAGAGACCCCGGGCAGGACUAAAGUAGACAGGAGAGCAGGCAGGGGAGCAGGGAGGCUGAUGCUCUCUUAGCAACUGGAUUCAGUUAUUAUCUGAUUGGCUGAGGGAACAGAGGGAGCCUGGCCACUCUUACAGGGAAGCUCAACUUAAAUUCCUUGAGCCAGAAGAUCCUGCACUCAGUAAGGAAGCUAGUUCUCGCAACCUAGUGCUAAUAACCAAGAACCAGGCCAGCCUUGGCUUCUCCCUCCCAUGCCCGCCCCUGCCUGACCACCUCACCACUUCCAAAACCUUCCAUGCCCUUCCCUGUCCCAGUCCUGCUUCCUGGCACAUGACUCAGUCAUGACCAUGGAAAAGCUGUCUAGCUCUCAAGAACACUUAAACUCUGCCAGAGAACAUUUUUUAAUUCUCUUAAGACUAAGCCAAAAAAGUACUGGCUGCCACAAGUAGUUGGGUCUGCACUGGCCUCUAAGAACUCUGGAACAUACAGGAUUGCGACUUACCAAAUGAUGCAGAGAGACCUUCUGGGAAUUUCUCGAGGGAGGUGUGGGUGUGGCGGCGUGUUGUCUCCUUUCCCUCCGGACUCAAGGAAUCACCAUCCAGUCAGUCAGUGCCCUCUGCCCAGCCGCCUCUCCCCAGAGGAGCCAGGAGGGACACAGAGAAACGCGGGGCUCCCCCCAGAGCCACACAGCACACCCGUCCAGGUCCUCACUGAGCCUCUGAGCUGCCACGCGGCACGCAACUUACACACUCUCAUUUCACCACAAAACCCUUCCAGGUAGGACAGUUUUCACCCCAUGUCACAUGUGAAGUGCCAAUUUGGGGAGGUUGGGUCAUCUGGCGCUGGUGGGCGGAGAGAAGACAUCAUUAUCGGGUGGCCUUCCUCUCAGGUGCCAAGUUCCCCAAUAUUCUUUCUGGGCUGUGCCUGUGUCCUUCUGUCCCAGCUCAUGGCCUCCACAAAGGCUGAGCCAAGCUGAAGCUGAAAGAACGCUGAGAGACCCCGAGACCCAACGGGGCAGGCCUGCUCCCUGGGCCCUGCUGACUGACGCCUGCCCUCUUACCGGUCCAAGAGCCUGCCAGGACCAAAGGGGGACCUGGACCAGAGAUCGUGGGCAGUCAGCCCCCUCCCCUACUUUGCUUGUUUCCCAGGAAC